UGCGUGAACUACACCAAUUAUGUGUCCCUGUGAGCUUUCGUGAAAUUGUGCUUAGAUCAUCGAAUUCGAGGCGAGGCGACUACUUCAGAGAGAGAGAGCGCGCAAACAGUGGAGGGCGAUGGCGUGGAGAGGGCAUCUGUCUCGGAACCUGAAGGAGCUCCGUCUCCAUUUCUGCCAGACUUCUCCUGCCAGCGAUUCUGCCAGGGAGUUUGUGCUUCGGAAUUACAAGGACUUGAAGACCCUUAACCCGACCUUUCCCAUCCUCAUCAGAGAAUGCAGCGGAGCUGAGCCCCAAUUGUGGGCUAGAUAUGACAUGGGCGUUGAAAGACUGGUUAGGUUGAAAGGUCUGACAGAACCACAAAUUGUAAAGAAGCUGGAAGAACUUGUCAAGGCCGGGGAACCCAUGCCGUGAUUCUGUUGUGCUUCAAUGUAGUUCUGUUCUCGUUUUCACUUGGAAAUAAUGUACUUUGUAUGGUUUGGAGCAUUUUCUUCUACCAUGUUGGAACGGUUUCUUGUUUUGACGUCAAAAAGGUGAAACUAGUUCAAGCUGGAUUGGAUUCA